AUGCAGAUUAAAGUUUAUGUGAAUGAGCAUACUUGCUUAAGAUCAGGAUACUCGAAGAUGUUUAAGACAUCUUCAAUUGCUAUGUUGUUUGAAGAAAGGCUAAGACUGAAUCCGAAGCUCACAAGGACUGAGAUGGCUGAUGAGAUAAAGAGAGAAUAUAAUCUAAUUGUCACAGAGGAACAAUGUGGUAAAGCUAAGUCUAAACUUUAUAGACAAAGAAAAGCAAGCCAUGAAGCUCAUUUUUCUCGUAUUUGGGACUACCAAGCAGAGAUUCUUCACACAAAUCCUUACUCGACGAUGGAGAUUGAAACUGUCCCAGGACCAGUUUUACAGAGCAAACAGAGGUUUGACCGUCUGUACAUGUGUUUCGCAGCUCAGAGAGAGACUUGGAUUGACACAUGUAGGCCAAUCAUAGGUUUAGAUGGGGCAUUUAUGAAAUGGGAUAUCAAAGGACAGUUGUUGGCUGCGAUAGGACGAGAUGGUGACAACAGGAUUGUUCCAAUAGCUUGGGCUGUGGUAGAAGUCGAGAACAACAUCAAUUGGGAGUGGUUUGUUAAGCACUUGAAGGAAGACCUUGGACUACAAGAUGGGGCUAGAUUCACCAUCAUAUCAGACAAACAAAAGGGUUUGGUGAAUGCUGUUAAAAAUGAACUACCUGAAGCUGAACAUCGUAUGUGUGCAAGACACAUUCUAUCUAACUGGAAGAGAGAUAGUAAGGAUCCAGAGUUAGAGCGUAUGUUCUGGAUCAUAGCACACUGCUACACUAAAGGAGAGUAUGAGGAUGCUUUAGAAGCACUUAAGAAGUACAACAAAGGUGCGCAUGACACUCUUCUUCUCCAAAAUCCUCCAACAUGGUCUAGAGCAUUCUUUAGACAAGGAUCAUGCUGCAAUGACAACUUGAACAAUCUCUGUGAGUCGUUCAAUAAAACCAUAAGGGAAGCAAGGAAAAAACCACUACUCGACAUGUUAGAGGAUAUUAGGAGGCAGUGUAUGGUUCGUAAUGCGAAGAGGGCUAUUACUGCUAGUAGACUGAAGACUAAGUUUACUAAGAGGGCGCAUACUGAGAUUGAACUGACAAAGGAGAAGGCAAAAGAUUGCAGAAGGUACUUAGCGUGUGGAAAUUUCCAUGAGAUUGAUCAUCAUAGUGUUACAUAUAGUGUGGACAUGAACUUGCGAACAUGCGGCUGUAUGAAAUGGCAGGUGACAGGAAUUCCUUGUAUACAUGCUGCAUGUGUCAUAAUUGCAAAGAAGAUUAGGUUUGAUGAUUAUGUGGUUGAUUACUACACAACAGAAAAGUGGCGACAAACAUAUAGUCGAGGAAUCAAACCUGUCCAAGGCAUGAAGUUAUGGCCUAGAUUAGGUAGGAUAGGAGUUCUGCCACCACCAUUUAGAGUAGGGAAUCGUGGAAGACCAAGUAAUCAUAAUAGGAAGAAAGGUCUUAAUGAAUCUUCAUCUUUGCCCAACAAGAACAAGUUAAGUAGGGACAAACGUAUCAUGACUUGCUCAAACUGUCGAGAAGAAGGUCAUAACAUACAGACUUGUGCUAAUGAGAGGGUCGAGAAUGCACCCAAAAGACCAAGAGGUCGACCAAGAAAAGAGAUUUCGGGAGAUGUAUCUCAAGCACAAGGACCAUCUCAGCCCCAAGUGUGA